GAGCGGGCGUGUCCAGUGAUGAGUGGGGGAUCCCUGGAAGCAAAAUGACUAAAAAGAAGCGGGAGAAUCUGGGCGUCGCUCUCGAGAUUGAUGGGCUGGAGGAAAAGUUGUCCCAGUGUCGGAGAGACCUGGAGGCUGUGGACUGCAGGCUCCACAGGGCAGAGCUGAGCCCAGAGGACAGGAAGUCUCUGGAGAAGGAGAAAAACAGCCUAAUGAGCAGAGCCUCCAACUACGAGAAGGAACUAAAAUUGCUUCGGCAAGAGAACCGGAAGAACAUGCUGCUCUCGGUGGCCAUCUUCAUCCUCCUGGCCCUGGUCUAUGCCCACUGGACCACGUGAGUCUGCAAUGCCCCGCAGCCACUGCAGGCUUCCCCUCGGCUCCUUAAUUGGGACCAAGCAGGCCCUUCAAGUCUCAAGAGGACUACAGUGCCGGGGUGCUUCCCCCACCUAGGCCUUGGAGUAAGGCCUCCUGACGUAUCCUCCCCCCACCCCCGCCUGCUGCCCCCCCACCCCCACCCCCGAGU